AUGGCUAAUCUACGGUCUUUUGACGCGUUUCGUGAGUGCAGUUUUCGCUUGGGUCAUAGACACUAUUUACUAACUAUUAUCAUUUUUAUAGCUAAAGUCGCAUCAACACAUGAAGUGCGUUCCACAAAAGGUUCAUACUCCACCAUAAUGAUGGGGUUAUUUAUCCUGUUCUUAACAUGGGUGGAAGUAGGACAAUUUUUCGGUGGUGAAGUGGAUCAUCAAUUCAGAGUUGAUAAUAAAUUACAAAGAGAUCUAAGGAUAAAUUUAGAUAUAGUUGUUGCAAUGCCAUGUAAUUUUAUACAUACAAAUGUUAAAGAUUUGACAGAUGAUAGAUUUUUAGCAAGUGAAUUGUUACAUUAUGAAGGAUUUUCAUUCUUUAUACCACCAGGUUAUAAAACAGAUGAGAAUUAUGAUUCAAAUACUCCGGAUUUAGAUGAAGUUAUGGCACAAGGUAUAAUUGCAGAAUUUAGAGAUCGUGGUGAUGCAAAAGAUUCAGGUGCUCCAGCUUGUCAUAUAUAUGGUUCAAUUCCUGUGAAUAAAGUAUCUGGUGAUUUCCAUAUAACUGCACAAGGAUAUGGUUAUAGAGGGAAUUCAAGAUCGCAUGUUGGUAUUGAUGGAUUGAAUUUCACACAUAUUAUUAGUGAAUUUUCAUUUGGUGAAUUUUAUCCAUAUAUUCAUAAUCCAUUAGAUGCAACUGUUCAAAUAACAAAAGAACAUUUACAAAGUUAUCAAUAUUACCUAAGUGUUGUUCCAACUGUUUAUAAAAAAUUAGGUGUUGAAAUUGAAACAAAUCAAUAUAGUACUUCAUUACAGAAAAAAUUAUAUUCAUUCGAAAAUAAAGGUGUACCAGGAUUAUUUUUCAAAUAUGAUUUUGAACCAAUUUCAUUAAUUGUUGAAGAUAAGAGAAUACCAUUUAGUACAUUUUUAGUUAGACUUGCCACUAUAUAUGGUGGUAUUAUAGUUGUUGCAAAAUUUUCAUAUAAAUUAUUUGAUAAGGCAUUAAUAUAUUUCUUUGGUAAAAGAUUCGCAUCAAGAGGUGAAGAAAAGAAAGGUUCAUUAUUAGACGGAGAUGAAGAAUGA